UUACAGAUUCUUCAUCAGUAAUAACAUCUGCCCCAACUACAAUCACUGAAGUAUCAACAGCCAAGCCAACAACCGAAACAGUCCCAACAGCCACCAUGACUUCACCUAUGACGACCACAGAGCAAGGAUCUACAAUAUCUACGAUGUUAACAGCCACGUUCCAACCAACAUCAACAACAUCAACCACAUCAACCGUCUCUACAUUUGAGCCAACGGGAACAACUACAAUUUUAAAAUCUACAAAUGAACCUACAACAUUUGCAGUUACAACACAUCUAACAGAUGUAACCACAAGUCCCAGAGCUUUUUAUACUACAGAAUUUGCCAGCACAACUCAUAUCACAGAUUCAUCAUCAGUGAUUACAUCUGCUCCAACUACAAUUACUGAAGUAUCAACAACAACAGCCAAGCCAACAACAGAAACAGUCCCAACAACUUUCAUGACUUCACCAAUUAUGACCACAGAUCAGGCAUCCACAAUAUCUGGAUCCUCAACAGCCACAUUCCAACCAACAUCAACCACAUCAGCACCCACCAAAUCUGAAGAAACUAUGAUCUCCACUACACUUGAGCCAACAACAACAGAUGCAUUUUCAAAUUCUAAACCUACAACAAUGGCAGUGACAACACAAACAGAUGUAUCCUCAACUGCUACAGCUUUUUCCACAACAGUAUUUGUCAGUACAACCCUUAUUACAGAUUCAUCAUCAGUAAUUACAUCCACCCCAACUACAAUCACUGAAGUAUCAACAGCAACAGCCAAGCCAACAACAGAAACAGUCCCAACAACUUUCAUGACUUCACCAAUUAUGACCACAGAUCAGGCAUCCACAAUAUCUGGAUCCUCGACAGUCACAUUCCAACCAACAUCAACCAGAUCAGCACCCACCAUGUCUGAAGGAACUACAAUAUCCUCUACAUUUGAGACAACUAAUGCAAUUUCAAAUUCUGAACCUACAACAACAGUAGUAACUACACAAACAGAUGUACCCUCAAGUACCACAGCUUUUUCUACAACAGAAUUUGUUAGCACAACUCCUACUACAGAUUCAUCAUCAGUAGUUACAUCUGGUCCAACUACAAUCACAGAAGUUUCAACAACAGUCAUAUUAACAUCUAAAACUGUCCCAACAACUAUCAUGACUUCACCAUUUAUGACCACAGACCAGGCAUCCACAAUAUCUGAACCCUCAACAGCCACAUUCCAACCAACGUCGACCACAUCAGCACCCACCAAAUCUGAAGAAACUACAAUAUCCUCUACAUUUGAGACAACAAAUCCAAUUUCAAAUUCUGAACCUACAACAACAGUAGUAACUACACAAACAGAUGUACCCUCAAGUACUACAGCUUUUUCUACAACAGAAUUUGUCAGCACAACUAUUAUUACAGAUUCAUCAACAGUAGUUACAUCUGCUCCUACUACAAUCACAGAAAUUCCUACAACAACAGCCAUACCUACAACAGUAACAGUCCCAACAGCUACAAUGACUUCACCAGUAAUAACUACGUAUCAAGGAUCAACAAUAUCUGGAACCUCAAGAGCCACAUUUGAACCAACAUCAAUCACAUCAGCACCUACAACAGAAUUUGUCAGCACAACCGGUAUUACAGAUUCAUCAACAGUAGUUACAUCUGCUCCAACUACAAUCACAGAAGUUUCAACAACAGUCAUAUUAACAUCUGAAACUGUCCCAACAACUAUCAUGACUUCACCAUUUAUGACCACAGAUCAGACAUCAACAAUAUCUGAACCCUCAACAGCCACAUUCCAACCAACAUCAACCACAUCAGCACCCACGAUAUCUGAAGAAACUACAUUCUUUACUACCGUUGAGACAACAGGAACAAAUAUGUUUUCAAAAUCUACAGUUGAGCCAACAACAACGGCAGUGACACCACAAACAGAUGUAACCUCAAAUACAACAGCUAUUUUCACAACGGAAUUUGUUAGCACAACUCAUACUACAGAUUCAUCAGUGAUUACAUCUGCUCCAACUACAAUCACAGAAAUUCCUACAACAACAGCCAUACCAACAACAGUAACAGUCCCAACAGCUACAAUGACUUCACCAGUAAUAACUACGUAUCAAGGAUCAACAAUAUCUGGAACCUCAAGAGCCACAUUUGAACCAACAUCAAUCACAUCAGCACCUACAACAGAAUUUGUCAGCACAACCGGUAUUACAGAUUCAUCAACAGUAGUUACAUCUGCUCCAACUACAAUCACAGACGUUUCGACAACAGUCAUAUUAACAUCUGAAACUGUCCCAACAACUAUCAUGACUUCACCAUUUAUGACCACAGAUCAGACAUCAACAAUAUCUGAACCCUCAACAGCCACAUUCCAACCAACAUCAACCACAUCAGCACCCACCAUGUCUGAAGAAACUACAUUCUUUACUACCGUUGAGACAACAGGAACAAAUAUGUUUUCAAAAUCUACAGUUGAGCCAAUAACAACGGCAGUGACACCACAAACAGAUGUAACCUCAAAUACAACAGCUAUUUCCACAACGGAAUUUGUUAGCACAACUCAUACUACAGAUUCAUCAGUGAUUACAUCUGCUCCAACUACAAACACAGAAAUUCCUACAACAGCCAAACCAACAACAGUAACAGUCCCAACAGCUACAAUGACUUCACCAGUAAUAACUACGUAUCAAGGAUCAACAAUAUCUGGAACCUCAAGAGCCACAUUUGAACCAACAUCAAUCACAUCAGCACCUACAACAACUAGUAUUACAGUUGUAAAAACAAGUAACACAACGUAUCCCACAACAGGAUAUCACCACAUUGGCUAUAACAAGUACAACAGCUCCACUUAUCUCCACAACAUCCAAGACUGA